CUGAGCAGAAUCAGCUCUGCUGACGUGUGUUGUGGCUGAUCGGGCUGACCUAUCGCUGCGUUUUUGACGCCGAAUAAAUCAGACUGAAAGACUGUGAAGAUGAGUGUGGAAGUGGAAAGAAAGUUUUUGUGCAACGCUGGCACCAUGAAGACUCUGGAAGAGUUUGGGGUUUGCGUUGGCCAGCAGCAGUUCCGUGACCAGUAUUUUGACACCGAGAAGUUUGAGCUGACUUUGAGAGACAUGUGGCUGCGUACACGGAAAGGAUGCUGGGAGCUCAAGUGCCCGACGUUAACAGUCAACGAGACGGAAGAGACAACAGGAGAACAAUCUCGGGCAGCAGCGCUGUGCAGUCAUUAUAAGGAGAUAACCAGCCUUCCUGAGAUUCAGCAGAGAGUAAAGGAGGUCAUAAAAGAUGUGUGUGUGGACGGAGAGACGGAGCUGGCCCCCUCGCAGGAAGAUGAGUCCUGGCAUAGCAAACUGAAUCUGGUAUGUUUUGCAGCGUUUACAACAGAGCGCCGGUCAUUCACUUUGGAGGAGGAGGGGGUGCGGAUAGAUCUGGACCAAGCUGACUUUGGUUAUCAUGUGGGGGAGAUAGAGGUUCUCAUACCAGAAGGAGGAGACUUGCAGUGUGCACAAGAAAAGAUCAGAAAUGCAGCUCAAAAGCUUGGCCUCAGUGAGGAUGAGCGAGUUGAAGGAAAAAUGAAUGUUUACCUCAGAAGAUAUCAACCAGAGCACUAUGCAAAACUUCUGAGUAAGCAUAUUUUGUAAGGGAGGAUGUGCUUCUCUGGUAAUACAAUAGUUUUUGAGCAUACAUUAUAAUCUCUGUAAAGUUAUGGUGUUAUUCAUUUCACAAGCUAAAUUAAUUUCAUGAAAAUGCACUUUUCCUUCGGUUCUAAAUAUGCUCCAAAUGAAUUUCAAUUAUUCAAGACAUUUAAACUUUAGAGAAGAGUAUUAAAGACUUGGAGAUCCCACAUCCUGUAUGUUCCAUAGCCGCGGCUCCCUGAACGGUUUGUGUGCUACUUAUCUCAACCAAGGGUUAUGGUUUGUUUGGCUGUAAUAUGCAAUGUAAAUUUACACACUGGAUGCCCUAAUGUCAAUUUACCACUAAUGAUGUCUGCGUUUUGUGGAAGAGUUGGUCAAUCUGUGGAGGACAACAUGUGAUAAAGGUUAUUCUUAACACUCAUGGGAAGCGUGUGGCAAUGAAUCCGUUGCUAUUAUUGCAUACUUUCUGUCUUUAUUGUGGUACACUCUGAAUGUUGUCAUGAUUAAGUUAUUUCAGUUACUUGAAUGUUUUGUGUAAUAUUGUACCCAAUUAUAUGCAGAGUUUCUUUGUGUUUUGCUUUUCUUUGCAUGUAAUUAUUUUAAAAAGCAAAGCCACAAAUGCAGAGGCAGCGUAAAAAAAACUAAGUGCACUUUUA